UUUAACAUGAAAUUGAAUUAAGUGAGCCAAGGCUGAAUUAUCUUUUCCCAAACUUUUCAGUAAGGUAUUGAGACCUGAAAAACUGGUGGCUCAUGUGUUUGAGGUGGAUGAAGAUGUGGAAAAAGAUGAGGACACAGCCUCUCUGAGAUCUCAGAAAGGAGGAGUGUCUAAGCAUGGCUGGCUUUUUAAAGGCAACGUCAACGGUGCAAUCACUGUUACAAUGCGGUCCUUCAAGAGGAGGUACUUCCAUCUGGCUCAGCUGGGGGAUGGGUCUUACAACCUCAACUUCUACAAGGAUGAGAACACCUCCAAAGAUCCCAAAGGAACCAUCUUCCUUGACUCAUGCAUGGGAGUUGUUCAGAACAGUAAAGUGCGUCGAUUUGCCUUUGAGUUGAAGAUGCAGGACAAGAGCACAUUUCUGCUGGCUGCAGACAGUGAAGCAGAGAUGGAGGAGUGGAUCACUACCCUCAACAAGAUUCUCCACAGCAGCUUUGAACAGGCCAUGCAGGAGAAAAAAAAUGGCGAUCUGAAUGAUAAGUAA